CCGGUACCUGUCCGUCCGUCGAAUUGUAUAAUGUUUUCAUGGUUAUUCUACGCUACAAAUAUGUCUCUACAAAACAACUUGUAGAAUUGAAAUGAGGAGUCUUAAAGUAAAUGUGUCGGGAACACUUAAAACAAAUAUUGGAAUAGAUACUGUUUAGACAUUUAUCUAUAUGGAUAUCUCCGAAAAGAAAGAAAUUGUGUUGAACGAAGAGAAAGAAGAAGAAGAAGAAGAAGAAGAAGAAGAAGAAGAAGAAGAUGAUGAUGAUGAUAAUGAUAUUCUGGUUGAAGACCAAGAGAAGGAAGACAAAGAGCUGACUUACACGGUGGAGGAUGCGAUCGACAGACUGGGCUACGGCUUAUUUCAGAUCAAGCUCUUGCUUAUGAUCGGUUUUGCUUGGAUGGCAGACUCCAUGGAAAUCACCAUACUCGCUAUCAUGUGUCCCGCUAUUCGCUGCGAAUGGAAUCUUUCCACGUGGGCUGAAGCCUUGAUUACAACGGUUGUUUUUGCUGGGAUGACAGUCAGUACGUUCUUUUGGGGCUAUGUGUCAGAUAGAUAUGGCCGUCGAAAGGAGGUCAUCUGGUGCACGCUGGUCGUGUUUGUAGGAGGCUUCACAAGCACAUUUUCUCCUAAUUACUACUGGAUGGUCUUCCUCAGGGGCGUAGUCGGUGUUGGGAUGGGUGGGGUCGCACAAUGUAUUAAUCUGUGGAUGGAGUUUCUACCUUUUAAAAACAGAGGGGGGCUCAUCAGCGUCUUGUCGCUCGCGUGGUCUUUCGGGACGUGUCUAGAGAUCGCAAUAGCUGUUCUUGUGAUGCCGUCUCUUGGCUGGAGAUGGCUACUCUUUCUGUCGUCACUUCCGCUUAUCGUUUUUCUAGGUUUUAUGAAGUAUAUCCCCGAGUCUCCGCGGUUUUGCAUAAGUGCAGGAGAUCACGAGCGAGCCCUAAGUAUCCUAAAAACGAUUGCUAAGGACAAUAAAGGGACACUUCCCGAAGGCAAACUCGUAGCUUCUGAUACUCCCAAGGUUCAUCGAGGAAAUUUUCUUGAUCUUUUUAGUGCCAAUUACAGGGUAUCUACAAUAUUGUUAUGGUUUAUAUGGUUUAGUAGUCAUUUCAUAAUUUAUGGCAUCGCACUCAUCACGACCGAAAUGUUCUCACGUGAAGACCGCUGUCGAGGUAUUUUAUUUAGUGAAGAAGAAAGACGCAUAGAUGGUCAAGGCGGAUGCAAGCAGCUUGGCACACACGACUACCUGCAUUACUUUGUGGUUAUGUCAGGGGAUUUACUAGGUCUAUUGCUGUGCUUUUUGACGAUCGAUAGACUGGGCCGGAAGAAGGUGCAGGCCAUUGCUUUCUUCUUUAACUUCGUCUUCCUAGCGCUUCUAUUUAUUUGUACCGAAAGCCGUUCUAGUACCACUUUCUUCCUGUACGGAUCACGACUGUUCAUCAGUGUUGCUGAUCUCGCGGGCUAUGUUUACACGCCAGAGGUAUACCCUACGGCAAUACGAGGGAUUGGGCUCGGCGCGUGUAAUGGAAUCGCUAGGAUUGGUUGCAUGCUGACGCCAUACGUUGCCAUGGUUCUGAUGCCUUUGUCUGUUAACAUAUCCCUAUCAUUCUACGCUGGUUUCGCUGUGUUAGGCGUGGUCGCCUGCGUUAUGUUGCCCAUAGAAACGAAAGAUAGACUAGUCUGACGUGGUACAGCGAGAAAUAGAUGCUAUUUAAAGUUGUUGCCAUGGCAGUUUGUGAUUGUGCCAGCAACACGAUAUUGGUUCAUACAGGAGCUUUUUUUACUUAGAUGGAAUGCAUUGCGCGCCCAGUUCUGCGCACAAUCGCGCUGUUUUUUUUGUUGGAAAAAAAAUGCGCAAUUGAUCGUGCACUCAGUAAAAUUACAUGGUUUGCUUAAAAAGAUACACAAUUUCCCGAUUUUGCUUUUUUAAUCAGUUUUUGUUAUGUUGCACACGAUUGUCACGGUGGUCACGUGGUCCUCCUCUCUCCCACGGGCUCGAAUUAGUAACGUUCCUAUCAGUGGCGGAUCCGGGGUGGUGACGGGGGUGACGUCAUUUCCCUUGUUGGGCGAAAAAAAAAAGCAUUGUUGAAAAAAAAAACAUAAAUCGUUGCAAAUUGUUACAGCCGAAUUAGAUGUAUCGUGAUGCUAUUCACCGGACGAAAACUAGACAAUCGUUCGCGACAGAAAGCCAGGCCACUGCACUACGCGAAACAGGGCAGUAAUUAUGAAUCAGAAUUGUCUGACUGGCGGAACAGAAAAACCGAAGACCUCAUAAGGGUUAGCACUUUUCAACAACAAUUUUUCAACCCUAAAAGAUAGCACAUUGGGUGUGGUCGAAGCAAUUUCUAACCCUAAGCUCUAAAAUCACUGUGAGACCCCCUAAGGGAUAGCAAUAUCAUAAGAAUUUUAUAGCAGUUGGUUGAAUCAAGAGAGCAUAAGAUAUCUUAUGCUCUCUUGGUUGAAUUUAAUGCCCUCAAAGAUAGGGCGAUCAACCCUAUCGUCUACUUUUAUGGAGAGCCCCCUGGCGGGCUUUGCUAUACAUAGAACUCGGCUGUAACGGAUCAAGAUGUGCCUUACUUAUUUUUUUCUUUUUAGUAUCUAUAUAACUUUUUUUCUAAAUAUAUGCACUCGUAUAUAUUACCACACGCUAGAUGCAGCGCAACUGGCAUUUGGCAACCGUCAAAAUUGCCUCGUCCCCACGAGCGCAAAAACCGGAGGUCCCAUCCGUCGCAGGGAGCGUCGAAACUUAGUCUGCACUAAUCUCUAAAGGUUUUUUUGCCGAGGUCGAACACGUAGAAUAGGGCAAAAAACGUGCCAUUAACAUCAAAAACAGAGCAAAAAAAUUACAUAUCUCCGGGCAGAGAAAACUAGUUAAGGACUUUUUUUUACCCUUUCAAAAUCUACGCAGCCACAGGUACUCGAUAUAUUUUUUCGCUCGCUGGAAUGACGUUGCCAAAUUUAUUGUGGUCAAGCAUAUUACCACGAAAAUAUUUGUUUUUCGCCCUAUGGUCACCGUAAAUAUCAACAGGGACAAAUAAAGAGCUUGGGCUA